AUGUGCACGUCUCUUGUGAUCAUCAGUACUCUGGAUGGGCGGAUCUCGGCUCUGGAUCCUCACAACCAGGGCAGGAAGCAGUGGGACCUGGAGGUUGGCUCGGGGUGCUUGGUGUCCUCCAGCCUCAGCAAACCUGAGAUGUUUGGCAGUAAGAUGGUCAUACCGUCACUGGAUGGUGCCUUGUUUCAGUGGAACCGGGACAGGGAAAGUAUGGAGGCAGUGCCUUUUAGUGUUGAAUCCCUGCUGGAAUCAUCCUACCGUAUUGGAGAGGACACAGUUCUGGUCGGGGGUAAAUCCCUCACCACAUACGGCCUGGGGGUCUACAGUGGCAAGAUUCGAUACAUCUGCUCUGCAGGGGGCUGCAGUCAUUGGGGGGAGGAAGACAUGGAGGCUGAGGAUAUGCUUCUGCUGCAGAGGACUCAGAAGACUGUUCGAGCCAUCAGGCCUCGGUCAGGAAUGGAGAAGUGGAACUUCAGUGUCGGGAGCUAUGAGUUAAAAUUCAUCCCAGAGAAGCAGUCUGGACUGAACUUCCUGGAGGGAGAAAUGGCGAACAGUGACGGCUCAGAGGGAAACCAGAAAGUCAUCGCUGAUGAACCAAAGGAAAGGGAGCAGUCAGACAGGAAGCAACAGCAGAAUCAACAUUUGGACCUGAUCAUCAAAGUGUCUGUUCCUGAUUGGAAGGUGGUGGCCUUCAGUCCAGACUCCACUGGACAGCUGGUCUGGGAGCACCAGAGCAGUGACGGGACUCUGCUGCUGGUUUAUCACUCAACAAACAUCUGUGCAAUUCAAAUGAACAACAAAUGA